AUGAAUUUCACAAGUUAUAUUAUCUAUCCAGUCAUGCUCGUCGGAAACCUCUUUUCCUUACGGUCCCAUGUUGCUUCUGCACCACAGUUUUACGAGAUUAUCAAGAAACGAACAGUCAAGGAUUUUUCUCUGAACCCUUAUUUAACUUCCAUUUUCAGUUGUGGAAUCCGUUUUCUCUACAGUUUACCAUUCCUUCCAUACAGUAUACUGGCAUUCAGUAUAGUAGCUCUUGUCAUGCAAUCCAUGUACAUAAUGGUAUAUCUACUAUAUGCCGACAAGGAAGAAAGACGUUACGUGUUAGACGCGUUAGCGGUUGAAACCGCUGUCUAUUCGGUCUUAGUAGGUAGUUUCACUUUUUUCUUUGGACGCGCUACAAUGCAUAAAGGCUUAGUGGUGCCAAUUCAUAGUACUAUCGUCAACAUAAGCAUGCAGAAUGUUAUGCCACUCGACGACAUGAUGUCGAAUAUUAAGACAAUGAGUGUUGAGAAAUUGCCAGUUUAUCUCUUACUUGCAAAUUUUGUCAACUCCGGAAUUUGGUUUGCGCUGCUCGGAUUUAAUCACUUCAUGGUGGUAACUAGUGGCUUGGCUUCUGUUCUUGCUCUAAUCCAAUUGAUACUGCACAAGAUGUACUAUAACUCCAAGUUAGCCAGGAACGUGGAUGGAAGUCUUGCGGAUGGGAACACACUACAAGUCGACAUCAAAGAUCGAAAACAACAAGGAAAAUCUCGAUCAAGGACAAGAAUUGACAGCUAG